AUGGGCACAUUUGUAGGGGGCACAGCACCACGAUCACAUAUGCUAAGCGAUGCAGAGCUAGAAGGUGAAGCUGAGAUGGAACGCGACCGUAGUCGCAGAGAAGCGGAAGCGAUACUCACGCGGGAGGCUCAGCAGAGGAGGCUCGUUGAAGAUCGUGUACUCUCUAUGAUGGCAAAGUCACUCCCUCCUCCGUCCUCGAGGUCUCAAACCAUGCCCAAUCCGCCAUCUCCGUCUAAUUCGCAGAAAGAGUCGGGUAGUAGUUGGUGGUCUGCUGCGAAGAAUAGGCUUACGCCUACGAAAGACCCUCCGACGCCUGCUCAGCAAAUUAUAUUGGACGCAAAGGCAAGGGACAAGGAUAACAAGAAGAACGCCAAAGGCAAGGGGAAAGAGAAAGAAUGGCCCGCAAACGCCCAAGGCAAAUUUACCGAUCCAGCAUUCGUCAAUCUCAACAUUCCAACGACACCCGUCCGACGCGUUCCCGUACCUUCUUCUUCCCCGUCUUCGCCUACCCCUUCUCGUCCGAGUCUAUCAAAUAUGCCACCUAAUUUGACGCCGUCUCCCAUGCGUUUCACAUCUCAAGGAACGCUAGACGUAUCAGGCACACUCCUCACGAUAGUCAAACGCUUUGAGAAGCUUGAGAAAUGGACCGUGGGUCACGUUUGGGCUCUGGAAGAUCGGAUGAACGAUGUCGAGAGAUGGUUAGUCGAUAAGGAAGCAGAAAAAGAGAAGGAAAAAGAGAAGGAGAAGGAGAAGGAAUCCGAUUCCGAGUGGCUAAGACACGCAGGUCCGACGGACAACAUGAAAGAUGAGAUCCACGACCUCCGGGACGAAGUUGUUGAGCUCCAAGGCCGACUAGGCGAGCUAGGUCGGGAGAUGGCGAAAAUUGCGACGGCCCCCAAUAAUCUUUCUGCGGGACCGAGAACGCAGUCCGCCGCUGUAUCUGUAGCACCACAAACCACUUCCUCCAUCGUCACGCACUCAUUAUCGAGUACCACUGCGAGAGAAUCUACAAGUCCCCCCAAGACUUCGAAGAGGAGAGAGUCGGGCACAAGGUUACCGUACCCUGCGGGGGAUUAUUCUUCUCCGCCAGAUACGUUCUCCCCUAGUAACUCUACCCCUUCGUCGAUUAGUUCCGCUAUGAGGCCGUUGUCUAUGGCCAUUUCGGGACUACCCCUCCAUUCAUCCUCAGGACUGGGUACACUACCGGGUGCUUCAUAUUCCACCACCUCACUUUCUUCACUGGCUUCCGGUACGGGUAGGCCGCCGUCUCCGCCUGCUCAACCCAAGUUCGCUCCUGCCUCUGCUUCUGCCAAUCGAACGUCGAGCCCAACGCUCGCACCAGCGAAGGGACGAACAGCACAACAAGGAUUGCCGCCCCCGAAAUCGGCUGCUGGGAAAAGACAGACGAGUGUAAGCCCCACGCCAAGGAAACGGUACACCGUUGCGCUUGGAGGGCCGAUAACUGCGCCACCUGACGAGGAUGAGUUUUCUUCGAACGCUGCUUCUUUGUUCUAUACCACCGCUGCCAAUACCGCCGCCAAUACCAAUGCGAAUACUAAUACCCGUACGGAUGCACCUGCUACUGCUCCUCUAUUGAAAAGGGUAGGCACACCAUGGUCGUACUCCCGUGUGAUUGGGGGGUCUUUUUCCGUUUCUCCCGUAGGGGACGAUGACGACGACAAGAAGAAAGAGGAGGAAGGAGCAGGUGAAUUCGGAGAAGGUGAAGAGACAAUCGGCAAAUCUUCCGGCAUCAAGCUCAAGAACGCGAAUGGGAGUCUGUCUUCCACCACCUCAAACUCGAUAUUGCCUGGUGGACCUGGGGGCGGUGAUUACAAGUCUACAGCAACUACGUCACCAUCGCCAUCCACUCGUCGGAUCAGGGCACAGAGUGCAUAUGGGUACGCUAGCCUCCUCCCUCCUCAGACUCCAUUACAGACUCCUACCAUGGGGACCACCGCGCCGCUAAAGCCGAAGUUGAGGUCCCGGUCUUCUGAGCGACUUUCCUCCGGUACCAGCUCCAUUGGGAUGGGAGACGGGAUGAUAAGCGGUGGUCUUGGUGGAGGGGGGACCAAGUUCGUGGACCCUUUGUUGUUGAGGAGGCAUCAGCAAAGUCAAGAGGGGUUACAGGUGAAGAUGCCGAUGCCGAAGCCGGUGGGGAAGGUUCCGAUUGGGCAGUUGGUUGCGUUUUUUGAUGGGGAGAAGGGGGGGAGGACAUAG